AUGGCGAACAGCAUGGAGGUGGUACUAUUUCAGCUGGUGGCCUUAAAUGUUUGGGUAAUGGUUGCACUGAAAAGAGCUCCAGAUACGUAUGGAGAAUCUACAGAACUUCUGACACAAUCCGGCGAAGUCUUUGCGCCUUUGGAUGAAGUCUUAACGCCAUCAGAUAACAUGCUGGAUAGCUCGAAAGAAAUGUUUGUUGCCUCAGAUGACAUGUUGUCCACGAACAAGGGCGCCUUUGUGUUUUGGCCAGACGGUACCGAAGGAUCGGGUUCAGAAAACCCCAGACAGGAUCGGUUGUUUCGAGACUGUGCUGAGCCGCAAAUACCUUGUUCCCACGUGUGCUAUCAACUCACCACAGAAACGCAGAUCUGUGACUGUUACUCUGGCUAUAUUCUUACACCUGACGGUCACACGUGUAGAGAUUUUGACGAAUGCGCGGCCGGACUGUGUGGGGAUAAUGGAGAUUGCAUCAACACCCCGGGCUCGUUUGUCUGCAUCUGUUAUGAAGGCUACAGUAUUGGGUCUGAUAAUAUGUGUACAGAUGAUGACGAAUGUGGGAUUUACGUCGAAAUCUGUGAUAUCAACAGGACGUGCAUAAAUGUACCAGGGUCAUACCACUGUCAAUGUAACACGGGACUGGAAGAGACCCCUGACGGCUGCCAAGACAAAGACGAAUGUUCCCUUAACCAGUGUGGACUUUACGCUAACUGCACAAAUACUUUGGGCUCGUACCGUUGCACCUGCUUUACCGGAUACGUUUGGACGGAUGGGAUGUAUUGCGCAGAUUUUAACGAAUGUGGAGGCCGAGAUGUCUGUGACGAUACGGAAGUGUGUAUCAAUUAUCCGGGUUCCUACGUUUGCGCAUGUCAAAGUGGGUCGCGCAGAACAGAUUCUGGCUGUGAAGAUAUUGAUGAAUGUCUCGAUUUCCCUUGCCCUAAGAAUGUAACCUGCACGAAUCUGCUAGGCGGGUACAGCUGUGAUUGCUUGGACGGCUUUGGGUUUGUGGGCGGCUCCUGUCAAGAUGUGGAUGAGUGUGAACAAAAGAGUGCGUGCCCUCCUGACCGCGCAUGCGUGAAUAACCACGGUUCCUUUAGUUGUCCGUGUCGGGAAGGCUUCACAGGGAACGACACACACUGCUUGGAUGUCGACGAAUGCAUCAACGCACGUUCCGCAUGUGACAAGCAUGCGCAUUGCGGGAAUGUUAUGGGAUCGUACUUUUGCCAGUGUAACAAAGGAUACAGCGGAACUGGACUAGUAUGCUACGACAUAGACGAGUGCCGUUUAUGGAAUGGCGGCUGUGAACAGCUAUGUGUAAAUAUACCCGGAAGCUUUUACUGUGACUGCCGAGAAGGUUACGCUGUCAGGGGAGAGGAAGCGUGUAAAGAUGUAGACGAGUGCUUGGAGAAAAAUGGAGGAUGUGACCAGGCCUGUCUUAACACCGUAGGGUCACACACCUGUAGCUGUUCUGGUGGCUUUCAACUUAACCUGGAUAACCACACAUGCUCAGAUAAAAACGAAUGUCAGAUAAUGAAUGGAGGGUGCCACUCGCUCUGCAUCAAUACAGAUGGAAGCUAUCACUGCGCAUGCCCGGAAAACCAGGUUAUCUCAGAUGACAAUGUCACGUGCAAAGACAUCACUAGUUGCAAAUCCCAUAAUGGCGGCUGUGAUCACAUUUGUACAGAAUUAUCUCCACUUGGAUUUAAGUGUGACUGUUUCAGUGGCUACAAACUACGCGAAGAUGGACGGUCAUGUGAAGAUAUCGACGAAUGUGCAACUGUCAAUGGUGGAUGUGAACAUACUUGCUUGAAUGAUCUCGGUGGUUAUACCUGCGCAUGUCGGACCGGAUAUGACGUAUCGCCUAGCAACAAGUACAAAUGUCAUGCACUGUGUGAGCCGAAAUGUGGAAACUCUGGAGUAUGCAGAGCUCCAAACAAGUGCGCAUGUCCUGCGGGAUAUCCGGGACCCGGAUGUUCUGCGAUGUGCUCUCCCCCUUGUACCCAUGGAGGCACGUGUUUAAGGUGGAACAAGUGUGUUUGUCCCCGGGGCUACACUGGCACCGGAUGCCUUACAGCUGUGUGCUCACCUGGUUGUCAGAACGGAGGGAAAUGCGUCGCCCCGGAUGUCUGUCACUGUACUGUUCGGUACACGGGCGAUCGCUGCCAAACAGCUAGCUGCAUCCCACCUUGCCAAAAUGGCGGCUUGUGUUCGACGAACAAUGCGUGUAUUUGUCAAGAGGGAUAUCGUGGACUCCGAUGUGAGAAAUCUUCUACAGCUUGUGCCCGACCUUGCUUGAACGGUGGACGUUGUGAAGAGGAGACCGGAUGUGUUUGUCGACCUGGAUAUGUGGGCUCUCGAUGCCAGAUAGCACUGCGUGUUGAGUGUCGUCCUCCGUGUAUAAAUGGCGGCACGUGUCACCGUGGCAACCGAUGUGAAUGUGUUCCUGGAACUAGUGGAUACCGAUGUGAAGAACGACAGUGUUCCAUCGUAACAUUUCAAAAGCCAUUUAGACUAGGUCGUCGCAAAGCUGUGGCGGAGAUGUAUACGGUACCGUGUGGGAGGUUUGGUUGGGAAGAGUGUACAGCUUACAGGCUGGUUCAAAAACAUGUCUAUGUGACAAGUUAUCGUGUUGGAUACAAGCGAGAGUGCUGAUUCCCCUCUAAAAAAGGAAAGUAUUCACCAGUUGCAAUUCGCGGAGUGGAGAAAAGACAAAAGGAGGAAGAAUGUGACAGUGAUGUUCUAGAGGCAUCCUAUUAAAUAUUGUUCAUUUUGCCAAGAAGCAUAGUCUACAAGGUUCACACACGCAGAUUAUGUAGACAAAAUAUCAAAGGGGAAAACGGUUUUAUUUUGUGUUUAUGCAUAUUUUGUGUGUAAAACCGAACGGUGGAAAUUGUGGAAUGUACGUCAAAGAGUAAUACAAACGAUCGAACACUUGUAACAACAAUGACGACUAGCUUUUAUCAGCCGUUACAGGGAUUGAUGCAUACACACCGUUCUUUUACCAAAAGAAUUGCAAGAUAGACUGUUGUACUCAAAAUUUACAUUGCGGUAUUGGAUAUUGUUUUGUGAAAACGAAAGAAAAAAAAAUCCCUAAUAUAUCUCUCAAAUAUGAAUCAUUGACAUACUACAGGCAUAAAUAUAUGACAUUUACAUUAUUCACUUGAUUAAUUGGGAGAACGCUUGUUUCGUUUCCUUAUAUGGGGAAUUUACAAGAUGGGGUUGCUUACAUUAGACAUUUGUAUGAUUCACCUUUUUGCCUGUAAAACAUUUGCAUAGCAGGUUUGAUCAUAUGAUGCAUUGGUUUGAUAUAUGUAAACUUGAGUACAUAUACAUCUGCUUCGUAGGUUUGCUUAUAUAAAAAAAUUUACUUCAUAGACUUGCCCAUACGAGACAUUUUCAAGACAGAUAUGUCUAUU